UCAUUUACUAGUUUUCCAGCUCAGACAACGUUUUUUGGCCAGUUUUUCAGAUGUGAUAUAAUUGGAUGGUGAAACGUACACUCCUGUAGAUGUGAUAUAAUUGGAUGGUGAAACGUACACUCCUGUAGAUGUGAUAUAAUUGGAUGGUGAAACGUACACUCCUGUAGAUGUGAUAUAAUUGGAUGGUGAAACGUACACUCCUGUAGAUGUGAUAUAAUUGGAUGGUGAAACGUACACUCCUGUAGAUGUGAUAUAAUUGGAUGGUGAAAGUUGCCAGCCAACUAGAAAAACAAGGUGAAGCAAUUCAGGCAUUGUUGGAAGUCAGGGCAAUAUUUUUUUUAACUUAAAAAAUAAUGAUUUUUGCAAGAAGUAGGCAUUUAGAAUUAAAUGUGGAGUGGAACUUAUUGUUACGUAAUGACAUCACGUGCCUCGCGUACCUUCAAAAGUAUUUGGCAAUCCUAAUUUAUUGUCACUGUAAAGAAAGUUUGACAAAAUAAAAUGGUUGUCGAUCUUUAAAACUUUGCUCCUACAAAAAUAUUGCCUUUCCAUUACAUAUGUUGCAAUGAUUUGUUGUUACUACAUUGCUUUUGUUGAAUAAACCUGGGUGAAUGGAAACCUUCCUAGUGUUUUGUAGCUUCAGACAGAUACUGUCAUUCUGUACAGAUGGUGUGUCUGUAUACACUUCUUGUUCUCUAUAUAAUACGAUGUUCAGCGACAUGGUGCAGCCCCAGGCAGACAUGGCCCUGCAGUGGGAGAUGGCAGGGGAAGAGGGUAACGUGGCUCUUCAGGUUCCUGCUGAGCUGGCAGCCAAUGAGGUGGUGACUAGACUACUGGGAGACAACCAGCAGCUCCGAGAGGCACUGCAGCGCAGCAACCAGGCCCUGCGUCAGCGCUGUGAGGAGAUGGAGGAAUGGCAGCGGAGGUCUAGAGAAGAGAGAGAGUUCCUCAGCUGUCGUUUCCAGGAGGCCCGGGCGCUAGUGGAGAGACUGGCCAUGGAGAACCAUAGCCUCACCAGCCUGGCCAGCCCCUCUAGCCCCUCCAACCCUGGAGCGAACCAAGGCCUGCUGGUCAACGGCCCCAUCCAUGGCUCGGAGCCCAACGGACCCAUGGCAUCCUCUCUGGUCAGUGCAGAUAGAUUGAGGGAUGAAUAUAGAUAGAUUCAAUUGUCGUCUCCCCACAGUGUUCCUGUAGGAGGAGGAAACAACUUUCUCCAGCUGCUGAAGAGCCACAAAGAGGAGUUGGAAGAAGUGAGAGAUCUGAGGAGGAGGAAUGAAGAGCUGGAGAAAGAGAGGGAGGAGGGAGAGAGAGAGAGAGACUGCCUUCAUCGCUCGGUUGAGCAGCUCCGAACCAAACCGGUGUGUGUGUGUGGUAGUUGUGGUGUUACUGAGGAAACGGUUCAGCGUUCCGAUGCCCCGCCCUCCUCUGACAGGUACAGAGAGCUGCAGGAGCAGUUAGAUUCCCUCCAGAAGAGUUCAGCUCAGAGAGACAGAACUGAAGUGCUGCUUAAACAGAAGGACAAGGACUGUACCCAGCUGGAUAAGGAUGUCGAGGCGCUGAAGGCCCAGGUGACGUCUCUCCUGGGAGAGCUGAGAGAGAGACAGAGCUGUUUGGACCGGAGCCAGCAGGACCGCAACAUCCUGGACGACAGGCUGAGCAGUACUCGGGAGUCAUUGGCAGCAUCAGAGAGAGAGAUGGAACAACAGAGGAAGCAGCAUUCUGUGACGGUAGACAAACUACUGCUGCAGACACACAACCUAGAGACCGCCCUGAAGACUGACCGCCUGGUUAUUACUGAGGAGAGAAGGAAGCUUGCCCAGCUGCAGCACGCCUACACCUGUCUGUUUAAGGACUACGACUCCAAACUCAAGACUGAGGGAGGAGACAUGGUUGUUCGUCUGGAGGAGGCAGAGAGAGCUCUGGCUCUGAAACAGGAUCUGAUUGACAAGCUGAAGGAAGAGGUGGAGCAACAGAGAGGAUCUCUAGAGACCGUUCCUGUUCUCACUGCCCAGGCUGAGAUCUACAAGGCAGACUUCCUAGCGGAGCGGGAGGCCAGAGAGAAGUUGAACCAGAGGAAGGAGGAGCUUCAGGACCAGCUGAACACAGCGUUGGCUGAGAUGGAGCGUCUGAAACAGGAAGAGACCUCACGGGCUCGGAUGGAGAAGAUGCAGCAGAGACACCUGGAGGUCUUCAGACCACCACGACCCCACAUCACCCCCCAAUCAGGGAGUGCCUUUAACUCCUCCUCCCGCAGCGUGGGAUUGUCUGCAGAGGGAGUGGCUGGAGGCGGGGCUGAAGAGCUUCCUGACUACCGCUGUCCAAAGUGCCAGUACCAAGCCCCCGACAUGGACACACUGCAGAUACAUGUCAUGGACUGUAUCCAGUAACACACACACUUAGACAGAUGUUUGGGGGGGCUGAAACAACAGUAGCUCAUCAGCAUGAUGACAUUGUCAUAGACCCCUUUCCUUCCCAUCCCUCUCCACCAUAUACAGUCCUCCCCCACACCUCCCUCCAUAUCCCCUCCCUCUCCACCAUAUACAGUCCUCCCCCACACCUCCAUCUCCAC